AGUUAGCGAGUAUAGAAUACUGCUGCUUGGUAGGGCGGUUUCAUACCGUACAUAUUUAGUUACUUACAAAGUAGAGGAAACCCUAAGACGUAAAUACUACACUUUAAUAUCGUUUUAAGUGAAUAGGCACUAGAGGUUUACAUCAGUGUUAGUUUAUUUACAACAACAUAUAAUUACGAAAAGUAACUACUUUUCCCGCACUGCAAUGGACCCCUUUGUUGAGAAAAUUGUGGCGCGCACACAUGCCCGGCAGUUGGCUUUAGACAAGAGGGUGGCAGAGCAAAUUGGACAAGAGAAGAUGGGAAUGAUCCGGCAGCCAAUGAAGAGACUGAGAGAGCCGCUGUCGGAGAGUGAUGACAAUAAGGAGGAGAUACACUCCGUAUCCCAGGACUCCUCAAAGAGGUGCUGUUAUGAAGUCUUGGGAGAUGAGAACCUGAACCCUAAGGAGAAGAUGCCAUCACCCUCCAAGUCCUGUCGCCGCUUUGCAGAGAUGGAAGUGAAACCAGACACCCCGGCCUUAAUCUCUGUCAAGACACGCAUGAACAAACUUGCCACUCGGCGCAAGCAGUGGGACUCUCAAGAUGGUGAUGAUCAUGCUGAUUGGCCCUCCCCUGUAGACUCCUCGAGUCACACCCCUGCGACACUGCAGGUGAAGUUAGUUUCUAAGCCUAUCAUUUCCAAGGGACGAAUGGGCCGGCUGGCUGACCUGGCCUCUGCUAUUGGCUCAUGGGAGGAUGACGUCAGCACCCCAUCAAAAAAGUGUACCACUGGAAAGGAACUCCUGGUGGAAAGUGUGGUGCAACCAGUGCUGGAGUCUCCAUGCAAACAUGAAGAUUGUGAGGAUAUUCAAGGCCUCCCUGAUGAGGGAAAUGAGGAUUCUGAACUCCAACUCCAACAUGGUGUGACAGAUAGCAAUGCAUUUCGUUCGGCGCUUGAGAAGUUUGAGUUAAAUUCGAGGCAGGGGGAGCUUUCGCCUGCGUCCCACAGACCCCGUUCACUCUCCUCCUCAACCCGUGCAAUCCAAGAGAGACUGCUCAAUGACACUACUCCCAGCCUAUCCAUGGCAAGCCGCCUCCGCAAGGAACGGGAAGAGGAGCUUUCUUUGGUGAGGAUGCAGCCUAACAAAGAUAAUCUCUGGCUCAGAGAGAAUGGUGCUGGGUCUGGCUUCAGGGAGACUAUUGGGACUGAAGAAUCUGAGAUUGGAAAACGGGAAACUCUGGAUAGCAGCAAGUACCACUUGAACCAGUAUGUGGACAAGGUGGAGGUGUCUUCCAUCGAGGUGAAACUCCGUUCGUUUUCCAGUGAAAGUCUCCUAAUUUCAGAAGAUGGAGGUGAAGUCGAAAAAGAGGAACCGACUGAAAAUGGAUCUCGGUCACUCAAAGUGACCUUCGCCCCGGAAACGGUUAUACACUUGCCAUGUGUUGAGUUGGAUAGUCAGGAGAGCAAGAUGGAAGAAGUUGACACAGUUUUAGGAGCAGAAUUAUCUUCCCAGGAGGAGGAGAUGAACAGCUCUGAGGUAAUCGAUCAGAUUUUUGAGGGACUGUUGGAUGACGACGAGGAAGUGGAGGAGACAGAGAAGGAUGUUGAGAUGAAGAUGAAAGUCACAGAGAUUGAAAGUAGAGAGGGCAGCAUGGAAACCCAGCCAGAAAGUAAGGAGGAAAGUCUGGAAACUGAGAAGAUUGUGAUAUCGGAGCAAGACCAGCAAGAAAGGAACAUGUUAACAGAAAUGAAGAGUGAAGAAUGGAAUAAUGUGGAUGAGAAAGAAGAUGAGCUAACUAUUCCUACCUCCAUUCUUUCUCCUCUUGCUAAAUCUGUGGAGGCUGUAGUCACACCAAUGAGGCUGGUGCUGCAUGACCUGGCUGAACCCAUACCAUUUUUCCAGGACCUCGGCCAAGAAAGUGAUGCCCACCCAGCAGAGGAGACUGCACCCAUGUACAGUGUUGAUGCCUACCGAACCUUGCGGCGCAGUGCUGCGUACCAGAGUGUGACCCCUGUGAACCGGAGGAAGGCUGUCGAACGGGCCUUGGGCAGUCGGUCUUUGAAUGUGAAGGAGAAGAUUAAGAUGCUGAAUGGAGAGAUUGGCACCCUCCAGACCAUCAUCCAGCAGGCAAGCCAGGCCCUGAAAUGCUGCACUGAUGAGGAGCACGGGAGGGGCUCUCUGGAGGAGGCCGAAGCUGAGAAACUUCUGCUGGUGUCCUCGGAGAAGCGCCUGUCCCUUCUGUCUGAGCUGAGCCGUCUGAAGAGCAUGGGUUCGCAGCAGCAAGGGACAGAGCCCAGCACCAAGGAGCCCUGCAGGGGAACCCUCUCCAUCUCUAACCUGCGUCUGCCCCUGAAGGUGGAGUUUGUCUGCUCUGCACUCUCCAAGACAGGAAAGCCAAGCCACUAUUUCUUUGUUCUGAUCCGUUACGGAUCCAGUAACAUAGUCUCCACCCCUCUGGCCACAGCUAUUGAUGCACAGAAGGGAGACACAAUUUUCUUUCCCACCUCCAUCACUUUGAAAGACAUUUGCUCCAACUUUGAAAUUGAUGUAGAGGUCUACAGCCUGGCCAAGAUGGGGCAUUCCCUUACAAUUGAAAAAAGACGACCUUCAAAAUCCAAGGUUACCCCCAAGAAGCUGCUCACAUCUAUGACUAAAUCCAGUAAUAACUCGCCAGCGGCCAACAUCCCUGUGGUGACGAACGCAGUUCGGACUAGUAACUUCUCAUUAGUGGGAUCACACAAAAUCACACUGGCCUCCCUGGGCAGGAACAAGUUCCCCUUGGAUAAGAUAAAGUUUGAUGGAAAAGUCAGGCAGCUGCUGGGAGAUGAGUUUCAAGAAAAGGUUCCGUUUCUGUCGCCACUCGAAGGAAACAUCCACUUGCAUCUGGAAUGCCAAAUCCACUCCUCCAUUGAGCACAAGGGCUUCCUGACCAUGUUCGAAGAUGUCCAUGGAUUUGGAGCGUGGCACCGCCGCUGGUUCUCUUUCAAUGGGAAAUGCAUUUCCUACUGGAAUUACCCUGAUGAUGAAGGUAGCAAGGAGGCAAUAGGGUGCAUUGACCUGACCAGCUGCACCAGCAAGGAGGUGGAGUCUGUGAAAAGAGAUUCUUGUGCAAGACCAAAUACUUUUGAGCUGAUCACCGCUAGACCGCAGCAGAAGGAGAACCGAAAGAUGGUCAGCCAAGUUCACAACACUGUUUUCUUCAAGAGCUGGUUUUCUGCUGACACCAAGGAAGAGCGUGCAGAGUGGAUGGAGAAGCUAAACCAAGCCCUGUUGGACUGGAGGACAUGGCAGCCUGUUCUAUCAGAUCAGCACCUCCACCAGGGAGGACAAGAUGUUUCCAUAAGCAGCAGCCAGGAGAGUGUUUUAUAAUAAGGAGGGGAACUACAGAAUAUUUAUAGAUUACCCUUCACUUCAGUGCAUGAGAAAGUUGGUAAAGUCCUCACUUACUAUUAAAUCUCUUCCCUGCUGUUGCAGCAAACAUUUUUCUCUAACUCCUAGAGCUUUUUGUAACUGCAAAGAGAUUUGUAAACUGUUUUUUUAUAAGUGCUAAUAAGUUUUAAUUGCACAUUUUGAGUUUUAACAGUUGUUCCUGCGGUGGUGUCAAACACAGAAAUGUGGCUAUGGCUUUCAUUCCAGAGCACAUGCAGUAGACUUGGAAGUAAUACUGUUAACUAAUGUUUUAAUCAAAAUUCUUUAAGUAGUUUUAGGUGCUGAUUAAAUAUGUGCUGUUUAAAUGUUGGUGUUGGAAGAAUGUAAACACAAAUGUUGGUAUUCUGCUAUUCAUAGCUAUGUUUAAUGUUUAAAAUAUGUAUGUAAUUGCAGUAUAAAGCUAAUAUAACUAGUGAGUUUAUUUACAUGAUUGUGUUUACUGGUUUUAAAACUGCCUGAGUCCAGUAUAGUAAGACACUCAUUGAUCAUAGUUUACCUGUAGCGUUAGAUUAUAUUGAUGAAGCAGUUUUAACAUGCUGUUUUUGUACACUUAGUUUCCUAAACCCUAAGGUACUUUAACACACUGAAUCAGUGCUGUAUUACAAUAUGUAUUACAGGCACACAUCUGCCUGUAAUACAUAUUAACAAGAACAAGGGGGGUAUAUAAAUGCACUUUUUUGGAGAUGAGGGGUGAUCAAAUCUCUCACUAGAUUAUAGCUCAAUUUUCUGUUUAAGGAACACUGAACAGCAGCUGGCAUGACUGGCACACAAGCAAUUUGUGUUCUUCUUGUGAUAACACUACAUCCAAGACUAGGUGAAACAGUUCAGAAAUUGGACAACCAGGUGCCCCACAACAUCAACUUAUAGCAUGUAGUGUCAUUCUUGCAGUCUAGCUGCUUCUGAAGUAUACAUCUCGGUCUUGGAGUUGACUGGUUCAAUACCAGUACAGAACACUAUGCUCUUGCUGCAAAUCUUAUCUGUUUGUAUAUGUGUAUGUUUCUUAUGUCUAUCGCUUGCUCUAAUUAUAUACUAUAUAAAGGUGAUAUGAACUCUUUUAAAAAAAAAAAAAAUAAUAAUAAUAAAUUC